GAACGACUGCAGACAUGCGCAUUGAUUUGUUGGUAAUUUUGCUGGUUAGUUGAUAGUUUGCGCCAGGGCAACAUGAAGAAAUAUUGCUUUAAUAUCGGUUUACUUCUUUUUCAUGGCCUUGUUUUACCUAUAGACAGUCGUAACAUAAUGUUUACAAAGUUUACAAUGCAUACCGAUUUGGAAGGGUUUACUUGUCCGGCAAUGAAUAAAGAUUUUGAAGAAGAGAAGUUGAAUGUAAUGCAGUGUUUGCUAGUUUGUGCUGAUAGCUCGUCGUGUUUUGGCGUAUUCCACGACGAAGCUGAUAUGCACUGUGUAGGGUGCAAUGACACAUUUCUUACCAAUUCAUCGGCUCCAUCUCGGGACGGAAUGCAGUACUUUAAACGUCAAGCGUACAUGCUUGUAACUGAAGAGAAAUCAUGGCCAAAUGCAAGAUUACACUGUCAGACAUUAGGGGGACAUUUAGCAGACAUUACUUCAGAAGAAGAAGAAAUAUAUAUUGAGGACCAAAUACUCGGCAGUGACUAUACUAGUGACACUUGGAUAGGAGCAUCGCGCAAAACACUUGGAGGAAUAUAUUAUUGGGAAGACGGGACACUCCUCACUGACCAUUACGUAAAAUGGGGACAGGAUCAACCAUGGGACAACCGGGACGAGAAGUGUGCAGCGUUGUCUUGGAUGCGUGAAAUGACGUGGACUUGGCAUGAUUAUUAUUGUCAAUAUUUAUUUCGCAGCUUAUGUGAAUUUGAGUAGUGUAAGAAAGUCUCAAGUUUACUUAUGUACGUUUACUAAAAAGUGUUCUCGAAAAUUGACGCUUAGACCACACUGAAUUUGUUUUUUAUUCCUUCUUCAUUAUCAUAUUCUAGUGCUUGUGGGUUUGCUACAUUCACCGUAUGUAUUAUUUAUAGUGACACGGUUGGACAGGAAGAAAUAAAUCCGUAUUUAAUAUUGUGAUCUAUAUAAAGCAAUUACUUUAUGUUUGAAAAAUUAUAGCCUCAUAUUUUAUU